ACGGUGACCGGCGCGGUGCCGGCCCCACUCGGGGGCGACCGCUGCGGCCAAAUGGCUCCCGGCCGGACCUUCGACUGCCUUUACGGUACCGGGACCGGCCGGGAGGGGCAGAGUUUUCCCCGUGCCCCCUGCCCCGCCUGCAGCCUCCAGGGCGUGGGGAGCGGUGCGACCAGGCCCGACACCCUCCUGUGCGGGGGGAGGCCGCGUCCGACGAGGCCUGCCGGGCCUGGGGCGGGGAGUUAAGUGCUGGAGGGGGCGGUCUGCAGGUCGUGAAACGGUUGGGCUGCCCGAGCAGGCUUCCCGCCCCUCUCCUCUGCCGGCCAGAGGGCACAGGCCGCCCCCCCCGGCCGCCGUGCAGGACAAGGUGCACGGCCAGAGCUGGCCCAGGGUCGCCCAUUGAGCCACCGGCCAGUGGCUAGGCGGGGAAGGCAGGUUUGGAGCGGGGAGGAUGGGUGCUGCCCCAGGAGCGGUAGAGCGUUCGUGUUGGCAGCAGUAACGAAGUUACCAGAAGCGAGGAAAGGCUUGGGACCAUGAAACACUGGCAAGCUGGAGGAAAGCCAGCACUAGCUCUGUAUCCCAGAGGGGAGCAUCAUGUACAACCCUCUGUACACACCAUCAAGUGAGAAGGACCAUUCAAAGUCAAAUAUCCAUGUUCAGCUUGUUGGUGAUAAAGUGGUAAAUGCGCCAAGGUUCAGAAGCAUGUUCAAUAGCUUGAUCCAUUUCCCAGGCUACAGUCUGUUCUUGGAGAGCAAAGAUCCAUUGCUUCCAUUUAUUGACCGAAGAUGGAGAGGGGGGUCUCAACAGCGCCUGGAGGCUCUUCAGCAGCUUGCUGCAGCUCAAUCUUCUCUUCAAAUACCUCAAAUUGUAUAUGAAGAUCCUGAAGUUAGUGGAAGGAAUCGCUACAAAUACUUUGCACGACCUCUCAUCCCUUCUAAUAUUCUGCUUCCGCUAAAUAUUGCUUACCCAAUGGCAAAGACAGAGCCCUAUGUCCAUUCAGCUACAAGAGACAGGGAGGUCUUUGGUCCCGGGUUCCGAACGCUGGGCACACAGACAGAUUACAGGGAUGGUGAAGCCCAGACGGACCCUUAUUCCCCUGAAUAUGUAGUUCGUGGUGGCUCAGUCCCUGAACUUCUAACGCUUGCUACACUCACUUGGGGUCGGGGGCUACCAGCAGGACUAGCUGAGGUGGAGAUGAUUGAACGUGCCCGGGAAAAACGUGCGUGGGAAGCAACUCUUCCACCCAUGGUGACUGCCUUGCAAAUUGCGAAGAGAAGGAAAAUGAUGGAUGCUAUGGAGAGGAAGGAGUGGGCCUUUAGAGAACAGGAAAUAGAAAAAUUGCAGGAGGCUCGACUGGAAGUCUUAAAGAAGCUGCUGCAGAGGCGAGUGGAGAAUCAGAAUGAACUGGAUGCCAAGCGCUUGGAUGACCACUGGCACAAUCAUCAGAAGGCUAAAGAAGAGAAAAUAAAAAAGAUUCAGCAUGACUAUGCACUGAUGCUCAGGAAGCUGAUAGCUAAGAGCAAGAAGAAUGUGGUGGGGAAGCUGGAGAGACGAGAUAUCAUCAAAGAUUAUACUGACUUUGGAUCACAAACAUACGCUCCUUUGUCUAAAACUGGUUAUUUCCCAGACAACCAUUCUGAACACUAUGUGGUGGAAAACUUCUAUCUUAACACCUUUGCAGGACUCUGUGAACUGGAAGCAUCUCUCCCAGAUUCUGUCACCCAGCUCACAAUUAAAGCUCCAAAACCUAAGUAUACUACCACUAAGACUGGAUAUAUUAAAAGAUCAGCAAGGCUAGAGGUGGAGCUGGCAAAAGUUCACCAGGCACUACUGGAGAAGAAGAAUAAAGUCAAGGAGCCAAAGAAGCCUCUCCGUUUCCUUGAAAAAGUAGAAAAGCCCAUUCCUCGGCCACCCACUCCAAUCCUGCAAAACCCAUCAACUGAAGAAGAGGAAAUCGAACUGGCAGUGAUCUGUCUGCAGAAGUUGCUCCGAGGCAGGGCUAUCCAGAACAUGAUGUUUGAAGAGAAGGAGAAGCAGGUGGAGCUGAUCCGAGAGCUGCGCACCACUCACGCACUCCAGGAGGAUGGACAGCUGCUUUUGAAGGCAGAGGAGAAAAAUAUACUGGCCCUAAAGCAACAGCAUGACAUGAAAAUGCACAAGCUGUCAUCCGUGGAAAACCACUUGGCCAGGGAAGAAGGAAGGGUAUUGGCGAACAUGUUAGAUUUCCUGUCCAAAGAGCUGUUGAGGCUGCUAGAAGAACGGAAGAUCCACGCUUUCGUCAUGCUGGCUGAGAGGCAGAGGCGGAUGCGGGAAGCGGAGGAGAGCGGACGUCGUCAAGUGGAAGAGAGACGGCGUCAGGAAGAAGACGAGCUUUUCAAACAGGUGGUGAAAGUGCACCAGAGCACUGUUGACUCCUACUUGGAGGACAUUAUCCUGAGUAGCAUGGAGAACACAGCUGAAGAACAAGCCAGGGAAGAGGUUCAGAGAAUGGCUGUAGAAAUCAAUGACAUUGCUUAUGAAAUGGAAAGUCGUCGAACUCGCCUACAGUCAGAAGAGAUUGUAGCAGAGCUGGUUUAUGAUUUCAUGAUUCCAGAAGCUGAGAAAAUGUCUAUCAGAGAAAAAGUGAGGCAGUCCCAAAGAAAACACAUCUAUGCUGCGCAUCAGAUCAUCCACAGGGGCACAGAGAGGGUGGUGGCUGAACUGGCGCUACCUCGGGAGACAUCUGCCAGCAAGAUAAAGGGAGAUCCUCCUGCUGGAACAGCAAGUGCUGCUUUGAGUGGGACAGCUGCUGGAGCAAGGGCGGCUGACAGGAUUUGCUCUGCUCCAGUUGCACAAGUAGCAGCUAAACUUCUGUUUGAAGAAAGCCCAGGAGAGACGUCAGACGAAUCAGAUGAGGAUCCCACAGCCUCCUAAAGGCAGAAGAUAAGCCAGGUGAGUUUCCCUACCCCCGUGUGAUGUGAACUGGGAGCAUUGGUCAGGAGAGGGAAGCACAUUAUAUUUACUUUUUUUCAGGGCAUGGAGAAUGGCAAAUCCUCUCUCUCCCUUGGGUUGUCUCUCCUGGUGCCUGCCAGCAAUGUUGUUCUGGAACCACUCUGUAUACAUUUUGAUGUGGCAGCCCCAGCUCCCCCCCAUUCCCAACUAGCUUUGGACCUCAUUAGCUAAUUAUUAAGAGAAGCUUGAGUGAGCAAGCAGUGUUAGCACUUCUUGUUUGUUUUUCUGGCACAGACAAAUGAAGAUCUGCACCUUGGCUUUUGAUGGUAUUUCCUUGCAUCAGUAACAUUAAAUGAACCAAUAUUCCAGCAGUGAGAAAUUUUGAGUUCAGACCAUACACAGAGUCUUUUCUCGAGCACAUCCCACCAAUUUCCAUAGUGGACUAAAGUGAAGGGUGGCUUCCUGCAUUUACACUGCUAUUAAUAAAGCAUUGAAGCUGAAUGAGAACAGUCAGAUCUUGCAUCAUCUUUUCACAUAAUUAGUCCUUGCAUAAAGAAGAGGUGCCCUUGACCUCAGCAGAGUGGUUCCUGCCAACCAGGCGGUGUCUGGCACUAAUAACUAAGGCCGGGUGAUGGCAGAGUGACAUGGCAGGGGCUGAUGUAGCUUGUGCAGAGAACCCAUUAGCCAGUGCUUAUGGCUUUUCCAGAAAUGCUGCUCUCUGGGCUGACCUCUUGCUUUUUAUCAUCCCAAAGGAGAACAGUUAUGGAAAUAAUCUGAUUUUUCUCAGAACAGCGUUAGUCACUCUGGCUUUUCAGCUCCAGGGGACUAUGCAGAAAUGAUGCUGGCUUUGCCUUGUUUGCAAGCACAGGGGUGCUCCAGCUCAGGAUGUCAGGAAGCAGCGGGCUGCAGACAGGCACAGUGCUGCCCAUCAGGGAGCUGUCAGGGACUGGCUCAGCUCUCCAGCACUCACCUGUCAAAAUUCCUGAGCUCUGUGGGUUUAGCGUCUGAAAAGUACAUUGACGCCGAUACCAACAUCAACCGCAUCAGCUUUCGGAGGAGCAGGCACAGCCACACCAGCACAUCCGAAAUGCUUACUCAUUGAUGCUCUGGCUACAACUUACGCAACAAAUAGCAGUAUUGGCUCUCGGUGCUAACGUGAUUAAUGGGCUGAUCACUGUGUGCUGCCACCAUUUCUCUGUAACUGAUAGCCCCUUCUUUGUGCUGGGCUGUGAAGCCUCAGGUAUGGUCCAGCUAACUAAUCCUGCUCGUAGUGCUGCUCCUUCAAAACACAAACCAGCAGCUGGUCAAAAAUUCAGGCUCAUUAGUGCAUUCCUGGAAAAAUUUUGUGUCGGCUUUCUGUUUUGUGGAUGUGGCUGAGGGUGGGGUGGCAGGCAGAAGAGAGAGGAGAAAAAAGAAUUCUGAAUACCCCCAUAUUCCAGUGAGCUGUAAAUAAGAACUGGAGAGAGGAAAAUUAGAGUCACACCAAGAAACUGCAGCUGGUCUCCAGAUCACUGAACUAGGUGGGCACCAGGUGAGCAGUGGGGUCAGGCAGCCUCUGUAAGCAUCGCAAAAUCUGGCCAAAGUUAGAGGUGGGUGGUGAAUUUUGGUGAGGACUCUGUGAGGAUGAUGGUUAAGGGGCUUGGGAAUAUUCUCACAGUGUAUGUAGCGAGUCAGCAAAAGGGAAGGUAGCAAAUGCAAACACAGAAACACUCCCCACAGCGUGGGAGGAGAAGUUGUGCUCUUUUGCCUCAGGCCACCUUGGACAAAUUUAGCCUGGUUGAAAGGGGGGGAUAACAUGAAUCACUAAAUCCAAUGUAAUAAGAGAGACAUGGAAAACUUGAUGCAGCGGAACAGGAAGACUGAUCCAUUGAGACAUUUACUGUAUUUCUGAGAUGGCAUGUUGAAAUAAACCUUCUCCUUGUGGCUCACUGUACAA